AAAAUGUUUCAACAACUUAGAAAAAAGAAAAGAAGAAACUAUUUUACUACUGUAUUACACUGUACACCACCACUCUGAGCUCUUCCCACUUGUAGACAAAAAAAUAAAAUACCUCUCUCUCUCUGCACAAAACCCCCUUUUUUGAUUUAAAGAUCCAAAAAGAAAAGAGGUAACACCAAAUCAAAGUAUCAAACACAAAACCCUUCAAUCUUUCCUAAUUUUUUCCAAAACCCAUCUCUCAAAAUCCCUCCAAAACCCUAAAAAUCUAUCAAAAACCAACCAUGAUUUGAUAUCCAUAUCCUUAUCUCAAAAUCCCCACAAAUCUAUCAAUGGGUGUAUUACCCACAAAACCCUUUUGCCUCCUCUCUCUUUUCCUAAUCUUCCAUGUCAAUCUUGAUCUCAUCCCACUGUCUGAAUCUGCAUCUGAUUACUCAACCUUGGUCUACAAGGGCUGUGCAAAGCAAGAACUAUCAGAUCCAACUGGGGUUUACUCACAAGCAAUCUCAACACUUUAUGGGUCUCUGAUUUCACAGUCCUCCAAUGCCAAGUUUUUCAAAACCACCACUGGUAGUGGCCAAACAACCAUCACUGGUCUCUUCCAAUGCAGAGGAGACCUCUCAAAUGUUGAUUGCUACAACUGUGUGAGCCAACUUCCAAUCCUCAUUGACAAGCUAUGUACUGGCCAGCCCAUUGCAGCUAGAAUCCAACUCAUGGGUUGUUACAUGCUCUAUGAGAUUGCUGGUUUUACACAAGUCUCUGGUAUGGAAAUGCUUUAUAAGACUUGUAGUGGGCAAAACAAGCAAGGGAGUGGAUUUGAAGAGAAGAGAGACACUGCUUUGUCUGCUUUGGAAAAUGGGAUUGGGAGUAGUGGAAAUGGGGGUUUCUACACAACUAGCUAUGACUCUGUGUAUGUGUGGGGACAGUGUGAGGGUGAUUUGGGAAGUGCUGAUUGUGGGGAUUGUGUGAGGAGUGCUGUUCAGAGAUCUCAGGUUGAAUGUGGAAGCUCUGUUUCAGGACAAGUGUAUCUUGACAAGUGUUUUAUUAGCUAUAGUUAUGGCUCCUCUGGUAGAUCAUCUUCAUCUUCAUCAUCUUCAUCAUCAUCAUCAUCAUCAUCAUCAUCAUCAUCUUCUUCUUCUGCUUCUUCGGAGUCUGAUACUUCAUCUUCUCCAUCAGGGUCCUCAGGGAAAAACACAACAAAGACAGUGGCUAUUAUAUUAGGAGGUGCAGUUGGAGUGGGGCUUCUUGUUAUUUGUUUGAUGUUUGCUAAAAAUUCAAUGCAAAAACAUGAUGAUUUUUGAAAGGAGAAGAUGGGGUUAAAGAGCCAAAGUUCUUUUUGAGGUGGAUUCUUUCUUCUUUCUUUUCCCUUUUUUUUUCAUAUAUGAGGGCGGUUUUUGUGGUGGAGGGGGGAAGGAGGGAGGGUUGUUGUGUAAUUUUUUUGUAAUAGGUCAGAAAUUGUAGACACAGAAAAAAAAAAAAAAAAAAAA